AUGCAAGCGAAAGCAUUCCUGCGUCGACUGGCACUCCACAAAAACCAACGACAGCCACAACAACAACAGCCCCAGCCACUUCGCCCAACCCAAAAAAACCGAUUCAAGCAGCCUUAUUCCACCUGCUCCCAUUCGCAACCACCCCCAGCCCAGUCACUCUCAACCCAGCUCAAAUCGAUCUUCUUGACCGAAGACUACCCGCAAGAUCAACAGCUAGACCGCCAGCCGCCAUCAUCGCUACUCAGGCCAUCCUCAGCCAGCGACACCCCGUCAUCGGUCGAUCUAGCUUACCUUGCCGAACUCUCAGAAUCACUAGAAUCAGACUCAUACCACCAACUCUCAUCGCCUGCCUUCUCACAGAUCCUCAACCAUCUCCACGCUCAUGACCUCUUCAAGCAUCUCUCCCCGAGAUCGUUCGACUUGCUGCUCGACUUCAACCCCACAGCCGAAGAUCAACAGAAACAGGCGCUCCAAUCGACCCACUACUAUCUGUACCAUCGCAUCAUCUUCCUGCUCGACCGGAUCUACGAACACCAGGAACUCUUCUCCCAGGCCGACCUCGACCGCUUCCACUCCAUCGCCCUCAAGCGGCUCGCUCAUCUGGGCUUGUUCAGGCCCGCCGAAGUGAUCUGGGACCAGCUGAUCGGACCCUCCUCAGUCGAUCGAUUGGACCAUCGGCCAGACGAUCAGAUCCUCAUGCUCGAUUGCAUCCGAACCGCAUUCCUCAACCACUCUCAGGUCCAUCCGCAAAACCCCACAAGCACACAGCUACUACCGCUUUCAUCCAAAGACUUGAAACGGAUGAUCAGUAUGGCCGAGUCGAUCGGGAGCUCCCUGCUGGCAGCGACGACGAGCAGGAUGGACCGGGUCACCGAACGAUGGGCGGUGCGGACGGUGGCGGAGAUAUUCGGGCUCCAGGGCGAACGGAGUCGGCUGGCGGACUGGCUCGGCAAGCACCGCUCGCUCGACCUCGACUUCCCGGACAACGGGGCGAGCUGGUCGGACCCGAAACUGACGGCGAUCGUGGUGCGGAUGUUCAAGGAGCAAGGCCGGCUGGAGAAGAUGGUCAUGGUCUACGAGGCCGCCCUCCAUCCCUCGCCACGCAUGCUCGUCCACCCCGAAAGCUCGCGCGAGUUCUUCACCUCAGACCCGCCCGACCAUCUCCAACACGCAUCAGGUAGACGGAAGGAGCAGGCAGAAGAGAGCCGGAUGGGCCGGCGGAGGAACCCGAUCCUGACCCGGACCUACCACGACCUGAUCUCGGCAUGCACGCAUGCGAACCGGCCGCAUCUGGCGCUGCACUAUCUGAGCGAAGCGGUGACAGAGAACGAGGCGUAUGUGGGGCGGCUGCCGGAGGACGUCUGGACGGAAGCGCGGGUGCCGCAUCUGCGGCUGCAGCCGGCGACAUACGCCGAGCUGAUCCCGGUUCUGGUGCGCAAGAAGCGGGACACCCAGUUGCGCGCGGUGCAUGCGCUCUCCGAGCGGCUCGUCCGGGCCACCACCUCUAAGAACGAGAACCUGGCGCUCGAGAAGGCCGUCUUCACCCACGCCAACCAAGACCCCCACGAUGAACAAAUCGGCUUCCUUAGGACCCUCGAACGGGCCAAGUUCCUCAGCAAGUCGCUCGCACAUUCCGUCCGCUUGCUCCAACGCCUCACGCCCUUGAUCGAGAAAACUAGAGUCAACAGAGACAUCCGCUUCCAGCACCAUCUCCUCAAGAAAAAGAAGAAAAGCAACGCCAACACGUCGAUGCCCGCAUUCAGCCUCUCCGGCCCCUCUACUCCUUCUGGGAGACCCGCCAGGGGCCCCGCCUCGAAUGCUCCUUCUUCUUCUGUCAACCAUCUGAGAACUCUCCAACGCUUGGACGCCCUCGUCGACAAGAAAAACGCCCUCCGAUUCGCUUCCUCUUCCUAA